UGUAAGCAAGGGAGAAGGAACUGAGUCUCAACGUGUACCUGAGAACACUCCCGAACAGGAAGAUCAACCUAGUUUGCUGCUUGCCAAGUUUAUAAUCGGAAUGUCGGGGACUUGUUCGUUCAAGAAGGAAGUUGAAAGGGAUUGCUUGACUUGGUGCUGACAUAUUAUGUCCACAGUAUGACCACACUCUGCCUGGAGCAAGAAAGUCUGACAAUUGUCUUUCUACCCAGACGCUAGGAAUGAUGGCGGAGAGGAAGGUGACAGCGCUGGACACAGUUGUCCGAGAGGACUCCGAUGGUAGUCAUCAGUACGAGUUGCGGACCAGACUCCGUAGCCAGUCCGGCUUUUUCGGGGAGACCUUCAAGUGUGUAGAGAAGGAGACAGGAAAAGAGUACUGUCUACGUGUCGUUCCACUGACGGCGGUGGAGAGGAGGAGCGGUGCGUACAACGAGGAGAAGUUUAUCACGUGGGGAACCCUGCAUCAUGCAAACGUUCUUCGUUUCAUCGACAGAUGGCAGGACAGUCGUAACCUGUAUAUUCGGACUGAGUCGGCAAAGUGGUGUUUGGAGGAACUCCUUCGUUCAAGAGGAAGACCACCGCCCCAGUCUCUGUUUGAGAAGUGGCUGUACCAAAUAGCAUCAGCUCUCAAGUAUCUUCACCAUGAUAGAAGCCACCCAGUGGUGCACCGCAAUCUCAAGCCGGCCAGCAUCGUGGUGACCGAGCUCUACAUUCUUCGCCUCACUGACUUCGGUGUGUGCAGGGAGCUGGAGGGUGCAGAUGCUGUGUCUCAAAGUAUCGUUGGUACAGCAGCCAUCAUGAGUCCGGAGAUGUUGUCUAAGACACCUUACACUGCCAAGACGGAUAUUUGGAGCUUUGGAAUCACCGCUGUUUACAUCGCCACACUUCAAAGGGCCAUCGAGGCAAAAACAUUCCACAGUCUCUUCAAAAAGGCAGCCGCUGGGGAGGUUGUUAGAUCAUUAGGCAAGUACAGCACGGACGUCAACCACAUCGUACGCAGCAUGCUGCAAGCUGACCCCCAGACACGGCCGACCUCCGAGGCCUUGCAUCGAGACAUUGUGAGGACCUUCCCCAGGUGCAAGAAACCACCAGAACGAGACAGCUACCCCGAUGGCGAGUCCCGACUGGCACCUGCUGUUGUCACCCCCUCCCACAACCGAUGCCCGUCCACUUCCACUGGUGUCACUGACCAGUACGUCACUCCCCGUACGUCACGUCAUGACGUCGCCGGGUCGUCUGGCUUGCCCACGGCAGGGGCGCGGAGAGAAAGCGACCCCAGGCUAGCGGAGGUCAAUGUCACCAGCCUCUCUCUGCUUGUCCUCACCACAGCAGCGGGCGCCGACGAUGAUAGGGAGGACUGUAGGGAGGACGAGGAGGACGAGGAGCCCGAGGAGGGCGAGAACAACAAUUUGUUAUUCACAUACCCUGGCGCUUACGGAGUCCAGAGAAACGAUCACACGUCCCCUAAACCUUCAGUGGCUCCACGCACAAGGUCGAGAUCAGUCAGCGAGGCGUGGGGUCCUUCUGGCGCCCAGACACAGCCACACCUGCUCAGUUGCUUGCUACCUGAGUCCGUCUCGGAUUGGCCACCAAGUCUUCAAGAAUACUGGGAUGUUGCGAGAUCGUUGCUGACCACGAUGUCCUUACACCAUCUUCUGGACGCUUUGAUGAUCAUGGAGCUGGUCGGUGAGGACGACCUGAAGGCAUGGCUCAUGCUCAAUGUUGGUGACGGGGCAGAAAAUUCUGUUGGUGACCUUCGGCGACUCUCUGACCUCGACAGGGAGCUCAACGGGAGUGCCAUCACGAGCGUCAUGGAGACCUUCCGCCGGCAACCUGCGUCCUCCCAGCGACAGUAGACACCUGGCGGUGACAACAACAGUCUCACCGAAUCAGCAGCUACCUCCAGUGACGUCAGCGGUGGUAGGCGGGGAGGAGCUGGUAUCGGAGACGACAGCUCUGUGCAUGAACCCUGCUCCACCACCAGGAACUUGACUGGAACCUUCAGGGGAAAGGGAGAGUUGGGAGACCAGAGCAGACUUGGCAAAGGACCACGUGGGUAUGAAAGAUGGGGCUGCCCUAUACCGGGUCCGCCGGCGAGGUGUCGUUGAGGCCAUACGCUCCUCGAGGAGUAACAAGGAAUAAACUAAAACUUGGCACUGCGAGCCCGUCAACAUCCGUAUACAUAAACUUUUGUAUAUUCCAAGCCAGCGAUCGUCCGUAUUGACGACUUUUUGUAUAUUCCGAGCCAGUAGUUGACAAUAUAAAUGACUUUUGUAUUCCGAGGCAGUUAUUAACAUUAGAGGUUGUGACCGGAGACUCCAUGUCUUCUCCUGACAUUCUUCCUCUUCCUUUCAUUAUCCUCGUCCUCCUCUCAUAUUGCAGAUUCUUUUCUCAUUAUAGCCUUUUCUCCUCUUGUCCUAAUAUCCUCUGCCCCUCUCCCCUCAUGUUCUAUAAUAAAAAUAUGGUUUGUCCCCCAUCGUAUCCUUGCCGUCUCGCCUUUUCUCGUCAUUAUUUAUUGAAAUCUCAUUCUUAUGAGGUCAGCGUUGUGUGUGUUUUCUCUGUUAUUUUCUUUUUGCUUCACUUUAAUGUUUAGAAUUCUUGGAAAGGACGUCUGCUACCUUCUGCCCCCUCCCUAGCUUUCACUCUGUACAUUCUAGUGUCUGAAUUCCUCCCAGUACCUCCGCCACUGACUGUACAGUGGGCUGACGAGAGAGUUUCUACAGGUAGUGUAGUGUGUAGUGUACUGUAGAUGUAUGACACUGUCUGUAGAUGUAUUACACUCUGUGCUGUAGAUGCAACUUAACGGUUAAUAUGCGCCAGGUAACGUGUCGACCAUGCAAUUAACCCUAUUAAAAUAAUACCUUUGUU